CACAAGUGCAGUACAUCCAUUUUUUGGAAAUUUUGCCCACCCAUAGGCACGACUACCGGUAAAUUUGAACCCCCGGAAAGAAAGGAAGCGCAGCCGAGAGAAGAGGGGCGCGCCUCUGUCUCUUUCUGUGCCGGACUUCCGGUGUUGUCGUCUUCAUCCCUCUACCUCUAAGGACCCAAAUUUCUCCGCUUCCUAUAUCUUCUUUUCGUUUUUAGUCCCCUCUAUACCCAUACAUUCUCAUUUUCUGUUUUCAUUCCAUUUACGUUUCUACCCCCGAGCACCGCAUCCCUGCCGUUCGCCCGUUCAUCACAUUCCAGAAAUUUCUUCUACCCUGACUCCCAAGUCCCAACCCUGCAAAUACAAGGAAACCCCACCCUUCAUUGCAGCUCAUCUUCUAACUGAUCCAAGCUCUGGUCAGCACUCAGGUAUGAGUAUGGAUAAGAACAAUGUAGAAAUGGAAGCUGCUGAAAUGCAAUCAAAGAGUGUAGAUGACAACAAUGACCAAGGUGUGGAUAAGAACAAAGUUGAUGUAGAGGCUAAACCCAAGGGAGCAUAUUUGCCUCCCAUAGGUGCUGUGGAUGAACCAAAUUCCGGCGAUUCGGAGGAGCAGUAUGAUGAAGCAUCGAUAGAGGGAGAAGACAACAAGCAUGAAGGUAAAUGGGAGCUUAGGGAUGAAACAGAGAAGCACAAUGGAAAUACAAAGAUAGAGGAUAAAUGCAACACAACGAGUGAGGCAUAUGAGAGCGAUGAAUCAGAAGAACAAAGCAUCACUAAAAUUGAUUCAAAGGACGGUAUCAUGGAGGGGAAAGAACUUUCACAUGUAAUCGUUAAUGGAAAUGAUGGAAAGCUCGCACUCAGUGUGGCCUUGAUGAACAAUGAUGCCAUUGAUGACAACACAAAGGUAGGAACCCUUAGUGUAACUGCUCAAUUGCUUGGUAAACGACUCACAAAUGAGGACACAAAAGGAGGAAUGCAAGGCAUAACAUAUGAAGGUGAAAAUGAAAUUAUUCAAAAUGGAAAUGAAAUAGUGACUGUUGAAAAUAAUAUUGCUGAGGGUACAGUUUCUUCUGCUGAUGUCAUUGAUGAUAAAGAGGCUAGACAGGGUGGAGCUUCAGAAACAAAACAAAAACUUAAUCAUGUUCCUAUAAUGUUGCCAGAACCUGUUACUCCACAUGUACUGGUGAAAUGUACAGCUGCAAAACCUGGACAAAUUAGUGGGGAGAUGUUCAAGAAUAAGUUUGAUUAUGGAAAGAUGGAUUAUGAUGACAACGAUGACGGGACUGCAGAAGAUCAAGCAUUGUUUAUGGGAGAGAUAGAAACUUUUUAUCGGGAGAGGUCCAUGGAUUUUAAACCACCUAAGUUUUAUGGGCAGCCACUGAAUUGUCUAAAGUUAUGGAAAGCUGUAAUAAGGUUGGGUGGCUAUGACACGGUUACUGGAUCAAAGUUGUGGCGGCAAGUGGGCGAGUCUUUCAACCCUCCCAAAACCUGCACGACCGUGUCGUGGACAUUUCGUAUUUUCUAUGAGAAGGCACUUCUAGAGUAUGAACGGCAUAAAACACAAACUGGCGAGCUUCACCUCUCUAUGAUCUCUCUUCCUGAUCCUUCAGGGGUUGACAUUGAGGGAAGUGGUCAUCAAGCUCCUGGAUCUGGCAGAGCACGAAGGGAUGCUGCUGCCCGUGCUAUGCAAGGAUGGCAAGAUCAACGUCUCAUUAAAUAUGGCGAGGUUGGUGAAACACUUAUAAAGGACAAGAACCCAAGCAGUACAGCCAAACGUGAAAAGAAUCUCAAAACUAUAGGUUCGCUCAAACAAAAGAGACCCAAUGAAGUUGAACUCUCUAUGAAAGCAGCACGAACUGAGAUAUCUAGGCAGUUGACAACUACAGUUGUUGAUGUUGGACCACCUGCUGACUGGGUGAAAAUCAACAUUCGGGAAACAAAAGACUGUUUCGAGGUCUAUGCCCUAGUUCCAGGACUUCUGCGUGAAGAGGUGCGGGUUCAAUCUGAUCCAGCUGGACGUUUGGUCAUAACGGGUCAGCCUGAGCAGCUCGACAAUCCCUGGGGAAUUACAGCUUUCAAGAAGGUAGUGAGCUUACCUGCGAGAAUAGAUCCUCUUCAGACUUCAGCUGUUGUAAGCCUGCAUGGACGGCUGUUUGUACGGGUCCCAUUUGAGCAGCCAAACAUCUGAACUGAACCUAUAAUGUAUCCUGUGGGGUUCUGAUCAAAUGAGCAAGUUCAGGGAUGUGAUGUGAACAAUUCUCCAAGGAACAAAUGCAGACCUUGUGGACAGAGAUUAGGAUUUGUUAUAAUGCCCGUAGUGUAGGGGGUGGGGUGUAGAUAUAAGAGUAUGAAGAAUGGUAACAUUAAGCAAUGGCAACCCGGAAAACUCUUUAAACUUCUACUACUGCCAUUUAGUGGUUCAUGAUUAGGAGUUUUGUUGAGUUGAUGGGGCAAUGAUGGAAAUUAGUGGGAGUUUGCUCAUUUGUUUGCACAAUAAUGUAGCUAUUCAUGGCUGGAUGGACGCUGCUUGCUUUGCUACAGCUGCUCUGCCUGUGCAUAGCAGCAUGUUAGUUAAUAUGACAAAGUUGUUAGAUAUUCUUGACACUGUUUUUAACGUAAUCAGUCUCGCUUAGGCCCGGGACUGGUUUUCCGGUACCGGUGCCUGACCGGACCAGCUGCCUGGC